AUGUACACAUUAGAAUUAAUCCGUGCUCGAUUAAAACAAACUUUUAAAGAAAAUCCAAAAUAUCAUUUAAAAUGUAAAGAAAUAAUUAAUGAUGCAGCACCACUUUGUAUAGCGAAUGGUAAACCCAGUGUAUUAUUUACAAUUCGUAGUCAAAAUUUAAAAACUCAUAAAGGAGAAGUUAGUUUCCCGGGAGGAAAAAAAGAUCCCACAGAUCAAUCACUAGAAAUUACUGCAUUAAGAGAAACUUUUGAAGAAAUAAGAAUAUUACCUAAAGAUAUUGAUAUAUUAGUUUCAGGAGUUUUUACAAUGACUUUGAAUGAAUUAUUAAAUCCUAAAAUAAGAACUUUCAGACAAUUUAGAAAUACAAAGAUUGAAUAUCCGGUGUAUCAAGCGCCUUCUUGGGUUAAAUUAGAAAUAUGGGGUUUGACAGCAUUUAUAUUAAACAGUGUAUUAAAAAAAUUAACUGAUUCACCAUUAAAAAAGAAAUAG